AUACAAUGACCCAAUACAUGCCCACAGAAAUUCUAGGUAAGGUAAGUCCAGAGAAAGUACCAAAUAUCCAAAGUAUUGUACCAGAUGCAAAAAUAGGAUAUACACUUGAAAUUGAUCUAGAAGCCCCAAUGCACUUGUACGAUUACUUUGCAGAUUAUCUCUUAGCAUCAGAAAAGCAGAUAGUAUCAGAAAACUGGCUUAGUCUAUACAAUAAAAUAUUAGUGCAUGAUAAAAACGUUGAAGAAGAGAAAUAUAUAUCUGAAGAGAAGCUAGUUCAGACCCUUUUACUAAGAAGAAUUAU